CUCCAACCGGCUGCAACUCCCGUUUGUCCAAUUAACCUGUUUCCUAGGGUCGUCGAGUUGUUCAAAGCCUUUCCCAGGAAAAGAUGUGCGCGUGUCCCUGUGCCAAAUGCAAAGCACCGCCACCGCCACCAGGUAAAGCCCCUUGCCAAUCUAAUGGAGGAGGAUGCGGUAGUAGUACUGGCGCUCCUCGCGGCGGUGGUAAUGCUGCCCCUCCUCCCCCGAAGCGAAAGCCCUGUGGCCCAAAACCUUGCGAUGGAACCCAGUGUGGAAAGUGUCCCAAGGGCGGACCUGGGGGAAAAGGGGGUAGUCCUUCUGAUGGAAAGGGUUCUGGGGGCAAGGACGGUGGCUUCGGCGGACUUUCUGCACCUCCGAACAAUCGAGGACCCGUGGCCCUGGGGCUAGCUGCUCUACUCUUUGCCUUCGGAGUCUAUCUCACCACGAGGUUGGGAAUCGUGGCCAACGAGAUUGGCUAGGAUACCCACAGAACAGGUUCGCUUCAAACAGGGAUCUUCCUGACAUUCCUUACACACACACAGACACACAGGAGACCGGGUGUUGCGUUGAUUGGGGAUUGUUAAUAAAAUUCUAAAUUGAGGAUUUAAAGCGCCUAA